GCAGCGGGCGCGCUCCCGGCACCGCCGCUCCCAGCGUAGGGGCUUCUGCCGCCGCCGCCGCCGCCGGGCGGGCGGGAGGCUGCCGCAAGCAUGUGGAUACCCACGGAGCACGAGAAGUACGGCGUGGUAAUAGCUGGUUUUCGAGGGACAGUCCCACAUGGCCUAUCACUGGAGAUUGGAGACACUGUUCAAAUAUUAGAGAAAUGUGAUGGAUGGUACAGAGGAUUUGCCUUAAAAAACCCCAAUGUUAAGGGCAUAUUUCCAUCCAAUUACAUUCACUUGAAAAACGCCUGUGUUAAGAACAAAGGACAAUUUGAAAUGGUUAUUCCAACAGAAGAUUCUGUUAUUACAGAAAUGACAUCAACUCUUAGAGACUGGGGAACGAUGUGGAAACAACUCUAUGUGAGGAAUGAGGGGGAUCUCUUUCACCGACUGUGGCAUAUAAUGAAUGAAAUCCUAGACCUGCGGAGGCAGGUCCUCGUUGGCCAUCUCACCCAUGACCGAAUGAAGGAUGUCAAGCGACAUAUCACUGCUCGUCUGGACUGGGGCAAUGAACAACUGGGACUCGACUUAGUUCCAAGAAAAGAGUAUGCUAUGGUGGAUCCUGAAGAGAUCAGCAUUACGGAGCUUUACAGGCUGAUGGAACAUCGUCAUCGAAAAAAAGACACACCAGUGCAAGCUAGCAGCCACCAUCUCUUUGUUCAAAUGAAGAGUCUGAUGUGCUCCAAUCUGGGAGAGGAACUGGAAGUAAUCUUCUCACUCUUUGACAGUAAAGAAAAUCGGCCCAUCAGUGAAAGGUUUUUUUUAAGACUGAAUAGAAAUGGUUUGCCAAAAUGUCCAGAAAAGCCUGAAAGGCACUGUUCUCUCUUUGUGGAUUUGGGUAGCAGUGAACUCAGGAAGGACAUUUAUAUCACUGUGCACAUUAUCCGAAUAGGACGAAUGGGAGCUGGAGAAAAGAAAAAUGCCUGCAACGUACAAUAUAGGCGGCCCUUUGGCUGUGCAGUCCUCAGUAUUGCAGAUUUGCUGGCAGGAGAUUCAAAGGAUGACCUCAUCUUAAAAGUAUACAUGUGCAACACAGAGAGUGACUGGUAUCAGAUCCAUGAAAAUAUCAUUAAAAAGCUGAACGCACGUUACAACUUGACAGGCUCCAAUGCAGGUCUGGCAGUUUCUCUUCAAUUACUUCAUGGAGACAUAGAACAAAUUAGGAGAGAGUAUACAUCCAGGUUUACCCAUGGAGUAUCCAUAACAAGGAAACUAGGUUUUUCCAAUAUUAUAAUGCCUGGUGAAAUGAGGAAUGAUUUAUAUAUCACUGUAGAAAGAGGAGAGUUUGAGAAAGGAGGGAAAAGCGUGGCAAGAAAUGUGGAAGUGACAAUGCAUGUAGUGGACAGCAGUGGUCAAAUUUUAAAGGAUUUUAUCUCAUUUGGCUCUGGAGAGCCACCAGCCAGUGAAUACCAUUCCUUUGUGCUUUAUCAUAACAAUGGUCCCAGAUGGUCUGAGCUGCUGAAACUUCCUAUUCCUGUGGAUAAAUUCAGAGGAGCACAUAUCCGCUGUGAAUUCCGGCACUGUUCCACAAAAGAAAAGGGUGAGAAGAAGUUGUUUGGCUUUUCUUUCAUGCCCCUGAUGCAGGAAAAUGGGAGGACUCUGCCAGAUGGCACCCAUGAACUCAUUGUACACAAGUGUGAAGAAAACACGAACCUUCAGGAUUCUGGUCGCUACCUCAAACUCCCCUUUUCAAAGGGAAUUUUCCUAGGAAACAACAGCCAAGCAAUAAAAACCACUAAAGAGUCCUUCUGGAUUACGUCCUUUCUCUGCUCCACUAAACUCACGCAAAAUGGAGAUAUGCUUGAUCUUCUGAAAUGGAGAACGCACCCAGACAAAAUUGCAGGUUGCCUCUCAAAAUUAAAAGAAAUUGAUGGUUCAGAAAUAGUGAAGUUUCUUCAAGAUACACUAGACACUUUAUUUGGGAUUUUAGAUGAAAACUCUCAAAAAUAUGGAUCAAAAGUAUUUGAUUGUUUGGUUCACAUAAUAAAUUUGCUGCAGGACAGCAAGUUUCACCACUUUAAGCCAGUAAUGGACACUUACAUUGAAAGUCAUUUUGCAGGAGCACUUGCUUACAGAGAUCUUAUAAAAGUACUAAAAUGGCAUAUUGAUCGAGUCACUGAAGUGGAGCUGCACGAGCACAUACAGGAAGUACUAAAGGCACAGGAAUACAUCUUUAAAUAUAUAGUUCAGUCGCGAAGGUUGUUCUCUAUUGCCACUGGUGGACAAAAUGAGGAGGAAUUUCGCUGCUGUAUUCAAGAGCUUCUCAUGUCAGUACGCUUCUUCCUUUCCCAAGAGAGUAAAGGAGCUAGUGCUUUAUCCCAACUACAAGCUGUGUUUCUGAGCUCCUUCCCAUCAGUGUACUCUGAACUUUUGAAGCUUUUUGAUGUAAGAGAAGUGGCAAAUUUGGUUCACGACGCUCUGGGCAGCUUGCCAACAGUCAUGCAUGGGGAUGAGUCCCUUCAAGCUGUUAAACUGCAGAGUAUUGGGAAAACUGUGGAGAGUCAUCUGUACACUAACCCAGAUUCUCGAUACAUUCUUCUUCCAGUAGUUUUGCAUCAUCUCCACAUGCAUUUACAAGAGCAGAAGGACCUUAUAAUGUGUGCACGUAUCCUUAGCAACAUAUUUUGCCUCAUCAAGAAGAACAGCUCAGAAAAAUCUGUCCUGGAAGAAAUUGAUGUGAUAGUAAACAGCUUGCUAGAUAUUCUGUUAAGGACCAUACUAGAGAUCACCAGCCGACCACAACCAUCAGGCUCUGCUAUGCGCCUCCAGUUUCAAGAUGUGACUGGGGAAUUUGUCUCCUGUUUGUUAUCACUCUUGCGACAGAUGACUGAUAGACAUUACCAACAGCUUCUUGAUAGCUUCAACACAAAGGAAGAUCUGAGGGAUUUCCUGCUGCAGAUUUUCACUGUAUUUCGGAUACUAAUACGACCAGAGAUGUUUCCAAAAGACUGGACAGUGAUGCGUUUGGUUGCAAACAAUGUGAUCAUUACUACAGUAUUGUACCUUUCGGAUGCCCUUCGUAAAAACUUCUUAAAUGAAAACUUUGAUUACAAGAUAUGGGAUUCCUACUUUUUUCUUGCUGUCAUUUUUAUAAACCAGUUAUGUCUGCAACUGGAGAUGUUCACACCUUCCAAGAAGAAAAAGGUUUUAGAAAAAUACGGUGACAUGCGGGUAACAAUGGGAUGUGAAAUCUUCAGCAUGUGGCAAAAUUUAGGGGAACACAAGCUUCACUUUAUUCCAGCAUUGAUUGGCCCCUUCCUGGAAGUGACCUUGAUCCCUCAGCCAGACUUGAGGAAUGUAAUGAUUCCCAUUUUCCACGACAUGAUGGACUGGGAGCAAAGGCGAAGUGGCAACUUUAAACAGGUGGAAGCAAAACUGAUUGACAAACUGGACAGCCUAAUGUCGGAAGGUAAAGGUGACGAAACAUACCGAGAGCUCUUCAACAGUAUAAUUCCACUUUUUGGUCCUUAUCCUAGUUUACUGAAGAAAAUUGAGCGGGAAACAUGGAGGGAAAGUGGCGUUUCGUUAAUUGCCACUGUGACUCGCCUCAUGGAGAGGCUACUGGAUUACAGGGACUGCAUGAAAAUGGGAGAAGUGGACGGCAAAAAGAUUGGCUGCACUGUUAGCCUUUUGAAUUUUUACAAGACUGAACUGAACAAGGAAGAGAUGUAUAUUCGCUAUAUUCAUAAACUCUAUGACCUACAUCUGAAAGCACAAAACUUCACAGAGGCUGCCUACACACUCCUGCUGUACGAUGAGCUGUUGGAGUGGUCUGAUCGGCCACUGCGAGAAUUUCUCACCUACCCCAUGCAAACAGAGUGGCAACGUAAAGAGUGUCUCCAUCUGACCAUCAUUCAGAACUUUGAUAGGGGAAAGUGUUGGGAAAAUGGCAUUAUCUUAUGCAGGAAAAUUGCAGAACAGUACGAGAGCUACUAUGACUACAGAAACCUCAGCAAGAUGAGGAUGAUGGAAGCAUCUUUGUAUGAUAAAAUAAUGGAUCAACAGCGUUUGGAGCCUGAAUUUUUCAGAGUUGGAUUCUAUGGGAAAAAGUUCCCAUUCUUCUUGAGAAAUAAGGAAUUUGUUUGCCGAGGACAUGACUAUGAAAGGCUGGAGGCCUUCCAGCAGCGAAUGUUGAAUGAGUUCCCACAUGCCAUUGCUAUGCAACAUGCUAAUCAGCCAGAUGAGACCAUUUUUCAGGCAGAAGCACAGUAUUUGCAGAUUUAUGCUGUGACACCAAUUCCAGAAAACCAGGAAGUCCUGCAGAGAGAUGGUAUUCCCAACAACAUCAAGAGCUUUUACAAAGUAAAUCACAUCUGGAGAUUCCGAUACGACAGGCCAUUUCACAAAGGGACCAAGGACAAGGAAAAUGAAUUCAAGAGUCUAUGGGUGGAGAGAACCACACUGAUCUUGGUGCAGAGUUUACCUGGAAUAUCUCGUUGGUUUGAAGUGGAAAAACGUGAAGUAGUGGAAAUGAGUCCCCUUGAGAAUGCUAUUGAAGUCCUAGAAAAUAAGAACCAGCAGCUGAGAACAUUGAUUAGUCAAUGUCAAACUCGACAGAUGCAAAAUAUUAACCCUCUCACAAUGUGUCUAAAUGGGGUCAUUGAUGCAGCAGUUAAUGGUGGAGUUGCUAGAUACCAGGAGGCGUUCUUUGUCAAAGAAUACAUCUUGAACCAUCCGGAGGAUGGAGAGAAGAUCACACGCUUGAGAGAACUAAUGCUUGAGCAGGCCCAGAUUCUAGAAUUUGGCUUGGCAGUGCACGAGAAGGUGGUGCCACAGGACAUGAGGCCGUUGCACAAAAAGCUGGUGGAUCAGUUUUUUGUGAUGAAGUCAAGUUUGGGAAUACAGGAAUUUUCUGCCUGUGUACAAGCUAGCCCAGUUCACUUCCCAAAUGGAAGUCCUCGCGUAUGCCGAAAUUCCAUACCUGUUUCUAUGAGCCCUGAUGGUGCCAGGGUAAUACCACGACGCAGUCCCUUGAGUUACCCAGCUGUCAAUAGGUAUUCGUCCUCAUCACUCUCAUCCCAAGCUUCUGCUGAAGUCAGCAAUAUCACUGGGCAGUCGGAAAGCUCUGAUGAAGUAUUUAACAUGCAGCCUAGUCCGUCUACCUCAAGUCUGAGUUCUGCUCAUUCUGCUUCUCCUAAUGUGACCAGUUCGGCUCCAUCCAGUGCCAGAGCCUCUCCUCUUUUGUCUGACAAACAUAAGCAUUCCCGAGAAAAUUCUUGCCUGUCUCCCAGAGAAAGGCCCUGCAGUGCCAUCUACCCUGUUCCUUUGGAAACGUCACAGAGAAUACUAUUUAAUCAUAUUGGAGAUGGUGCUUUGCCACGAAGUGAUUCCAAUCUGCCUGGCCCUGACAAAGCUGUGAACAGCACACCCAGCAGCUGGAGCCUGGACAGUGGGAAGGAAGCCAGAAACACAUCAGAAAGUGGAAAGCUUAUAUCUCCUCCUGUACCACCAAGACCUGCACAGACUGCAUCACCAGCAAGACACAUAGCCUCCGUUUCCCCUUCUCCUGCUGGCAGAUCACCAAUGAAGGGGUCUGUGCAGUCGUUCACACCAUCUCCAGUGGAGUAUCAUUCCUCGGGGCUCAUAUCCAACUCCCCAGUGCUGUCGGGGAGUUACAGCAGCGGCAUCUCUUCGCUGAGCCGAUGUAGCACAUCAGAGACAUCAGGCUUUGAAAGCCAAGGCAGCGAACCAGCAGUGACUGUCUCAAGCUACAGCGUCCCUGAAGAGCCUGUGAGAAAAGAAAGUAAAACCCCGCCACCUUACAGCGUGUAUGAGCGGACUCUGAAGCGCCCUGUUCCUCUACCUCACAGCCUCUCCAUUCCACCCGCCACAGACCCCCCGGCACUGCCACCCAAGCCGCAGCUGGUCCGGACAAACAACCUGGAAAACAGCAGCAGGAGGACUGAGCAGGUUCCCCGGCCCAGGCCUCUGCCCCGAAAAGUCUCUCAGCUAUGAGAAGCCACUUUUGUAUUUACUUGCAACCAACCCUUUCCCAUUUAAGAAAUAAUAUUUUUUAAAGAUGGUAAAAUGCAUUUAGUUAGGCACUUUAAUAUUUCGCCCACCUUUUGUUUGAGUAAUUUUGAAAUGCUUAUUAAUAUUGUGUUGCACAUUUGAAAUGAAAUUACUAAUUUAGGUUGCCAGCUAUUAUAAGAAGCAUGAAGGAGAGGAUUUUUUUCUUUUUUAAUUUGGUGGUGAAUACUGAUAAGUGCUUUUAUUUGUACUUUAUUUUUAUUUAAAGAAUUAAAUCUAAAACUCUACAACUCUCAUCUGAGUUAGCCAAAUGCUUCUUACAAAAUGCAGAAUAUACUGACUGAACCUAUACUACUAGAGAUAAAUGCACACUUUCUAACAAAGUAGUCUGUAGAUUAGGAUGUUUCUGCAAGUAGACUGAAAGUUGUUUCUCUUACCCAAUGAACAGGUUGGUCAUUUCAAAUGUCUAUAGAAAUAUGGAGAUAUAAUGCAAGUUAUACUGCAGAGAACUGUUGUAAGAAUGCGGUUUGGAAUUUCUGAAACACGCACUUGGCUUAUGUUCUUUUUAAGAUGGAAAAAUACCUGCAUUUCAUUCAGUGUACAGCACCAUUCUGGUGAAUCCUAAUGAGGUUUGGUGCCAUUAGUGUAUUAUUGUACCUGACGUAUCCUUUUCUUUUUGAGGUGCAAUUUACUUUUAUUCUUCCAGUUAACGUUUUGAUGUUGUUUUGUUUUGUUUUUUUUUUAAACUAGCAGUUUGCUAGUGGAGGCUCUCUGCUUUUUUUUGAAAGUUCACCCUAAAAUGCAGUCUGUGUAUGGAACAGGUACAAAUGAAUUGUUCAUUUAACUUGCAUACAAGAAUCAUUACUGACUAGUAACAAAGCAAUACUUUAAGCAAACAGAUUUUCAGAAAUAGAAAUAUUGAUCAAUAAAUUUCAAAAGCUAAUUGCAAAAGUCAUUAAUAAUUCUGUAAAAGCCUAGGAAGGAUUCUGAACAGCUCUUUGGAUGUGUGUGUAUGGAUGGAGCCAGGGUUUGGAUUUACUUUUUAGCUUGAGUUCAUCACCAUCUUUAUUGUAGGAGAAUGGUGUUUGGCCUUAGGUUGUAUUUUAGCGACUGGCUUCUGAAGAGCUCUGGAAAGUUAAUGCCAAGCCGUAGGAAUGUGGAAGGGAAAAAAAAAAAAAAGCAUCUUCUGUAUGUAUUUUUUGUAUCCUCUUUCUUUACUGACUGUUUAAAUGUGCUUGGGAUCAGAUGUGUGAACUGCAUUUUAAAUCAUGCUGUUAAAACUAUUCUCCCUCUUUUGUUGGGAAGCUCAUGUUGAUUUUAGCUGUGUUUGAUUUGUUGAUAGUUUAACUGGAAGAAAGUGACCACUUUUUAUAUUCUCUCAAUUAAACCUUCAGCAGUUACAAGCUGCUGAUGGUAGUUAUAGA